UCUUUUCAGUCAGAUUUGGUUUAAACUCCGACAGCCCAGCUGGGAUGGAUAUUUUUUGCAGCGCAGGCCCGUGUGCGCAGGAAUGCGCGCCUCCUUCUCGGUGACGCGCACAGGGGAGCCCGGAGGAUCCAGCAGCGUGAAGGAAGAGAGGGGCAGGAAGGGGAGACGGUGGCAUCAUCGAGGCAAGACGGAGAAUGGGGGCAGGUUUGUGAGGUGGAGAGGCGUGCCAGUAAUUAAAGUUUUUUUUUUCUUUUCUUUCGGUGGUGGUGUGGUGAACGGAAGCGCGAGCCUCAGAGAACACGUGAACACGCACCCGAUCGGAUUUUUUACGCAGCGUCACGGAGCCGCUGCGAGAGAACGGGGGCUUCUCUGAGCCGCUGUUUGUUCUUGGUUCGGACUCAGCUGGGACCCGUGAGGGAACUCUGCGCGGGAUUUGGUUCGAGCUCCAAAUUCGGUUUGGGAGAAUCCUGGCGCAGGAUGCAGGGUCUGAGCUCGCGGGCUCAUGCUUUCUCUGUGGAGGCGCUGGUGGGGAAGCCCUGCAAGAGGAUGAGGGUGCUGGAGAGUUCAGGAGGCGACGGGAGCGACAUCAGCGGUGAGAGGCGAGGACCGGGGAGGCUGCUGGACCUGAGCCAGAACGUCUCCGAGAAUUUUACGCACAGUUUUACGCGCGGUGAAUAUCCCAGCAGUCAGCUGAAGGAGGCAGGUGGAUCCACGCCUUUCAGAGACCCGCAGACCGACAGAUCUGAGACCGAGGAGGACUCCGAGCCGGCCUGCGGGGAGAGGAAGCCUGUGGAGAGCGACUGCAGGCCGGACAGAGAGGUCCGAGUGGAGCUGCAGGGCUCCGAGCUGUGGAAGAGGUUCUAUGAGAUCGGAACAGAGAUGAUCAUCACUAAAGCUGGCAGGAGAAUGUUUCCUUCUGUGCGCGUCAAAGUGCGCAACCUGGACCCCUGCCAACAGUAUUAUGUGGCGAUGGACGUGAUGCCUGUGGACUCCAAGCGCUACAGGUAUGUGUACCACAGCUCGCAGUGGAUGGUGGCGGGAAACACGGACCACUCCUGCAUUUCACCGCGGCUCUAUGUGCACCCGGACUCGCCGUGUGCGGGGGAGACCUGGAUGCGUCAGGUGAUCAGCUUCGACCGCGUCAAACUCACCAACAACGAGAUGGACGACAAGGGACAUAUUAUUCUUCAGUCGAUGCAUAAAUACAAGCCCCGGGUGCACAUCAUCCGACACGACCCGCGGGUGGACUUGUCUCAGAUCCAGUCGCUGCCGGCUGAAGGAGUCCACAGCUUCUCCUUCCCAGAGACGGAGUUUACCACUGUCACAGCCUACCAGAACCAGCAGAUCACAAAACUGAAGAUCGACAGGAACCCCUUCGCCAAGGGCUUCAGGGAUCCAGGCAGGAACAGGGGUGUACUGGAUGGCCUGCUGGACUCGUAUCCCUGGAAAGGUCCGCUCACCCUGGACUUUAAGCCCUUCACCAUACAGCUCCAAGGAAGCUCAGGGUCCAGCAGCAUGAAGAACCUCCUUCCUUUCUCCUCCUCCUCAUCUCUUCUGCCUCUCACUGCGCUCUCAUGUCCGGACGCCGCUCUCCACACCCUCGCCCUCCCCUUCUGUGAGAAGACGUCUCCUCUGUCCUCCUCCAUGGCGGCGCUGCCUGGCCGAACCUUCUCCUCCCUGGGAGCGGACAGAUUGAGAGGCCUCCCGUCGCUGCCUCCGCUAACGGACCUCCCGCUCCUGUCUGUGCUGCAGGGGAAGAAACUCCCUCACUGCAGGGACCCGUGUCCUCAGGGUUCUCCCGGGAGUUCCCCCUGCCUGAUCCCCCUUCACAGUCCCCUCAGCCCCCAGGGCUCCCCUCUCCUCCCUCCUUUUGCCGACGUCACAGGCCCCUACUGUCUGUACAGCUACAGCUUCCCCCUGAGCCCCCAACUCACAGCGGUUUCCCGACACGCCAAACUGUCCGAGGACACCACAGACUGUCUGCUGCGCCAGUCUGCGUGGCACUCGACCCCCAACUGCUGCCUCUGACAGCUGGACCGCACUCCACAACUCACUGCACAGAAGAAGCCAAAGUUCGUUGUUGAGGGGUACUUUUCCACUCAUUGAAGUCUCAACAGGAAAUGUGACUGUGGGGGAAAAAUUUUCUAUGUAAUAGUUUUGUACAAUCUGGACGUACCAGCGAAAAGAGCGAAAAGUAUAAAAAUAAUUCUUAACGUUUCUCUUCAGACUGGAUAUAGAGCUUUAUUUUGGACUCAAACUGUGUAUUCUGUAUUAAAAAAUAAUGCUUCAACUUUUACCAAAGAUCAUCAGCAAUAAGACAAGAACUAUGAAGAAAUAAUCACUGUUAAAAUGACCACAAGUGCCCAUUAAAGUAUAUUUUCAGCUGUUGUUCAUGUCAGAUAGGUUCAAAAAGUUAUUUUCCAUGCAUACAUACCAUAUGUAUAAAUAAAGUGUUUUUUAUUUUA